AUAUAACUUUAAUAUAAAUCGUAAUUGUAACAUUCAUGUCUGAUGUAUCUAAAUAACAAUACGAAAACUGCAUUUUGAAUAUUAAUUAAUAUACGACGUAAUGAUUCCAUUUGAAUUUUCGUAUCCAAGAUUGAAUUUCACAAACCUUGAUAUCACUUGCCUUUUGCUGAGUUUUCUACAUUUUCAGACGAUAAACGUAUAAAUUUCAAUGAUAUUAAGGAGAUGAUAUGCAAUAGUUUCCCAACUUGACAGACUUGAUAAAUAAUCAUACGAUGGUAGUCGUUGUUAUUUUCGCGUUAUUCAUCGCAUCCCUUGGGAGAUCUUUAGGUUUACAUGACAGUUAUGCUAAACUGUUGCUGAAAUUAUUUGAAUUUUGUCAAAAGAAAAUUGAAAAAGCUGAGAAAAGAAAUUUGGAUGAUUCAGAUGAAGAAGAGGAUUCAUCCAACGGCAAUUCAGUGAUAUCGAGAGAAGUUAAGUUAGUGCCGGAGCCUCACCCAGAAGGUAACAAUGGUCAUUUGGAGGAUUCUAAGCUUCCGCUGAACAGGACGGAAUUUCAUCUUGAGCACAUUUUCAAUUUUAUUAAAGCUGGUGUUGAGUCUGUUAUUGAAGAUGAAGUCACUAGCAGAUUUGCUGCAGAAGAGCUACCUGUUUGGAACCUUUUAACUAGGACUAACAAAAACUAUCAAUAUAUAAGUGUUCGACUAACAUGCAUUUGGGGCAUAGGAUUCUUUUUGAGAUAUUGUAUACUUUUUCCAUUACGGUGUCUCAUAACACUUUUUGGUGUUUGCUGGCUUCUCACUUGUACAGCCAUCAUAGGGUCACUUCCAGAAGGAAGGUUCAAACGAUGGAUCUAUUAUCAUACGAGCAUUUUGUGCUUCAGAGUUUUUUCUUGCGCUUGUUCAGCUGUUGUUACUUAUCAUGAUAGAGAAAAUAGAGCUGUAAAUGGAGGUAUAUGCGUUGCUAACCAUACUUCUCCAAUCGAUGUUGUAAUUCUGCAUAGUGAUAAUAGCUACGCAUUGGUUGGUCAAAGUCAUGGUGGUUUUCUGGGAGUUCUGCAGAGUGGAUUGGGAAGAGCCACAUCACACAUAUGGUUUGAACGGGGAGAAGUGAAAGACAGAGAACUUGUACAAAGAAGGUUACGAGAGCACGUCGAAGAUGAAACUAAACUUCCUAUUCUGAUCUUCCCUGAAGGCACAUGUAUAAAUAACACAUCUGUGAUGAUGUUUAAAAAGGGGAGUUUUGAAGUUGGAGGAAUUAUCUACCCUGUUGCCAUAAAGUAUGAUGCAAGGUUUGGUGAUGCUUUCUGGAACAGCAGUAAACAGAGUUACAUGCAGUAUUUGGUGAUGAUGCUCACAAGUUGGGCUGUUGUCUGUGAUGUCUGGUAUCUCCCUCCUAUGAUUAGACAGAAAAAUGAAAGUGCCGUUGAAUUUGCAAAUAGAGUUAAAGCAGAAAUAGCUAGGAAAGGUGGAUUAGUAGACCUAAUGUGGGAUGGACAGUUGAAAAGAAUAAAAGUGAAACAGGAGUGGAUCGAGAAACAACAGGAAGAAUACAGUCGGCGGCUUAAAUUUGACUGAGGAUCUCUCUCUUGCCAUUCUUUUUCUAAAACUAGUCCCCUCCCCCCUUCCAUCAAGAAACCAGCCAUUUGUGUUCACGAUUGUAAUUUAACAACCUGAUUCGUUUUGUGAAUGCUGUUUAUACAUUGCAUUUUUAACUUUAAAAUGAUGGACAAUUUUCGUCUUUCCUGUUUAAAUUAUGUAUGUGUGUGUUUGUAAUAGUUAUAACUUUUAUAUUUAUUGCAUGAAAUAAAUGUUUUCUGAUUGGACUACAAAA